CGACGUCGUUUCUCACACGACGGAUUAGAAAAAAAACAUAAGAAAAAAAAAAUGAUCGGAGAUAUCUCCCCGCCGGUGGCUUCAUCGAUCCCAGUUGUUGAAGGGAAGGAAGAACUGAGGAAGCAUCAGAAUCUGCUUCCGCCGUUUUCAAAGGUGGUGUCUCAUUUUGGCACAAGUGGAUUGUCCGUUGCGUUAGCCACCGGCGUCACUCAUCCUCUCGAUAGGUUUUUUCUGUUGAGGUUUUGUAGCACUUGUGAUGGAUUUUCAAGUUUCUUCUUACGAAUACGCGUUCUUCGAUAGUGGUCUUUGGAUAAUGUAACAGUAUAGUCUUGAUUUUGUAGUUGAUGUAGUGAAAGUAAGAUUGCAGAUGCAGCAUGUCGGCCAAAGAGGUCCUUUAAUUGGAAUGACUGGAAUCUUUGUUCAACUAAUGAAGAAUGAAGGGUUUAGGUCAUUAUACUUGGGGUUGACUCCUGCUCUUACUAGAUCAGUGCUUUAUGGAGGUCUCAGAUUGGGAUUAUAUGAACCCACCAAGGUUUCUUUUGAUUGGGCAUUUGGAUCUACCAAUGUCUUGGUCAAGAUUGCCUCAGGCGCAUUCGCUGGGGCGUUUUCCACAGCAUUAACCAACCCGGUUGAAGUUGUGAAGGUAAGGUUGCAGAUGAAUCCAAACGCAGUUCCAAUUGCAGAAGUGCGGGAAAUAGUCUCUAAAGAAGGCAUAGGAGCUUUAUGGAAAGGAGUUGGUCCUGCCAUGGUUAGAGCUGCCGCACUAACAGCCUCACAGCUUGCAACAUAUGAUGAAACCAAACGGAUUCUGGUUAAACGAACUUCUUUAGAAGAAGGGUUUCAACUUCAUUUGUGCUCAAGUGUGGUUGCAGGUGUCUUAAGCACACUGAUAACGGCGCCCAUAGACAUGAUUAAAACACGCUUGAUGUUGCAGCAAGGUUCUGAAAGCAUCAGAAUCUACAGAAACGGGUUUCAUUGCGGUUACAAGGUUGUUUGCAAAGAAGGACCUCUGGCACUUUACAAAGGUGGCUUUGCGAUUUUUGCACGGCUCGGGCCACAAACGAUUAUCACGUUCAUCCUAUGCGAGAAGCUAAGAUCACUCGCUGGACUUCACACAAUGUAGCCACUGACCGGUUCGUGCCAAGCUUGUCUGGUUCCAGAUAAAUUCUUCUCCAUUCUUUUUAUAAAAAUAAAAAUUCACACUAGGUGAGAUUUUCCUAAUCAAAUGUUUAAUUCAUUAUUGAUGUGGUAGUGUUUUAAUAUGUUUGUUUAAAAGGGAUUGGAUACAAUAUUAGACGUUUCACAAUUUUUAUCUAUUGUACAAUUUUGCGCCUCA